CAGCCACCGGGGAGCUGAGUUCAUUCAGCCGAGGCGAGCCUGAUGAGACGAUGGCAGCGACGUAAAAGCCACAACAUCUGCAGGGUGUGCAUACGAGGCUGCUGGAUUAAGCCUCCAUCGUGCAUACAUACAUCACAAACAGAGAAAAGCCCACGAGGCGGCUGUUGCCUUCAAAAUACUGCGAGAGGAGGUAAAAUAAGGACAGUUGUAUUCCUGGAGGCCUUUGGAGAACACCGCCUGCUGUUGGGAGGAUGACAGAUUGACAUUAAUGGAGGUUUGAUGUGGUGCAUUUUCAUACACGACCUCAUUAAGGCAUUAUCCACGGAGAACAGACACUGGGUUCAGCACUGCGCCCAGGAGGAGAAAGUACUCUAAAUAAAGAUAUCACAUGUGUCAGCCUUGAUUUGGCCUCCAGUGGUGUAAUGAUUCCGUGCAUGACAUCUGGAGCACACUGAAUGAAGAGGAUGUGAUGACUCCGUGUUGAGCACUGACACAUCUCAGCGCUUUCAAUCGAUUCUCAGGUACCUCUCUAGGUGUAGGUUUUUAAUAGAGAAAAAAAAAUGGGUAGCGAAGGUGAGAUGUUAAACAGGGAACUGUCAAAGAUGUCUGACGAGGAUCUGCUGGCGUGCUCCAAAGAGGAGCUGGUGAGCCGGCUGCGUAAAGAGGAGUCAGAGAAAAUGUCAGCUCUCAUCCAGCGCGGACGGCUGAUUAAAGAGGUAAAUAAACAGUUGCAGGGACACCUCCUUGAAAUCAGGGAACUGAAAGUCAUCAAUCAGCGCCUGCAGGAGGAGAACGUGGAGCUGCGAGACUUAUGCUGCUUCCUGGACGACGACCGGCUCAAAGUGAAGAAGCUGGCCAGGGAAUGGCAGCUGUUCGGGCAUCACGCGGCCAAAGUGAUGCGGGAGGACCUGGGCGGGUACUUGAAAAAGCUCGCCGACCUAGAGCGCAUGCAGGACGGGCUGGUGAAGGAGAAUUUGGACCUGAAGGAGCUGUGCCUGGUCCUUGAGGAGGAGUGCGUCAGCAGGAGUGACUCCAGCCCUGGAGGGUCAACCGAGCUCAAUCUGCCCUGCAUGGUGGCCCGGGACCUCGGGGACGGGAGCUCGAGCACAGGCAGCGUGGGAAGUCCAGACCAGCUUCACCUAGUGUGCUCACCUGAUGACUGAUGGCAGGUUCAUGUCAGCAGUCAGGGCUUCUACGACCUGAAUAUGGAAGCUGUAGACUAGGGGUGAAGUGAUUGACAGAAUGACACAGACGAGCUUUGUCAGACUGUAAAAAUCAAAUUGGUGCAAAAAGCAUUAGAGCCUUUUGAAUGCUGCAAGAUUUGUGUGCCACUAGGUUUUGACUUGAC